ACAGGGUGCUGCUGAAAACUCGCUCUGCGCGUCAGAGGACGAGAGGAGGGUCUGCAUGCGCGCUCCCGUGCGUACCCACAGUCUCCUGUUUGCCAUCCGAUCCUACACCCGGUGUAUUCGCUGACUCAGUGCCUUAAGCAGCAUCACCGUUCACCUGAACAGAGCUACAGCAUCCUCUGAGGAGUAAAUACAUCAGCCAUGGCCAAAAUAGCAAACGCAUACAAAGAGAAGAUGAAGGAGCUGUCCGUCCUCUCCCUCAUCUGCUCCUGCUUCUACAACGAGCCACGCAACAAGCUCGCCUGUGAGUUUGAAGACAUGGAGGUGAAACCUAUAAACAAGCGAGCCUCUGGCCAGGCCUUUGAGGUGAUUCUCAAGACUCCAUCUCCAGUGUCAGAAGUAGCCCACAACCUCCCCUCACCCCCCAAGAGGGAUAUCUCCUUAGAGGACAUUGAGAAGAAACUGGAGGCUGCUGAGGACCGGAGGAAGUAUCAGGAGGCCCAGGUGCUUAGGGCUUUGGCAGAAAAGCGAGACCACGAGAGAGAAGUGUUGCUAAAAGCCAUGGAGGAGAACAGCAACUUCAGCAAGAUGGCUGAGGAGAAGCUCCAGAUGAAGAUGGAGCAGAUCAAGGAGAACCGUGAAGCCUAUCUGGCAGCGAUGAUCGAGCGUCUACAGGAGAAGGAGAGACAUGCAGCUGUGGUGCGCAAGAACAAAGAGCUGAGGGAAGAGCUGACAGCAUGAGCCUCAUACACGUCCUGACUCCCAUGGUCCAUCAACGUCCCUUCAUCCAGCCCCGCCUCCCCUUCCUGGCCCCGCCCUCACCGCCCUCUGAACAGACACCUGGAGGCCGAGAGGUUCGAGAACUUCAGCACCACAUCACAACACGUCACACCACCAGUACUCACCACUAUCAGUAUUAUCAGUGGAUACAAACACUCAUCUUGAGAGUUGAAAGGAUUUGAUGAUUUGAGAGGAAAAGUGAGAAUAUGGCUAUUAUUUUGUAAAUACUUUUUUCUUAAAGUCUAUCUAUCUAU